AUGGAAGAAAACCUGUCAUUGAAAAACAGUAUCAACACUGUCAUUGAAAAUAAGCGGAAGCUGGAGGCCGAGUACACCCCUCAUGAGCUCGUUCAACAUGAAAAAUUGCCCUACAUUGUCUACAAGUGGUCCAGUUACUCAUACAGCUAUGUGCCAGAGAAUAUUUACUUUGACCUUCCAAGUGAUCAGUUAUCAAGGUGGUCGUCUGAUUCAAACAAUCCUCCUCAGUUUCUUACUUUAAAGCUUGAAAAACCAGCAAUUGUCAAGUCAAUUUUAUUUGGCAAGUAUGAAAAGACUCACGUCUGCAACCUUCGAAAGUUCAAGGUGUACGGAGGGCUUACAGAGGAGCACAUGGUUGAGUUACUUGAUGGGGGUUUGAAGAAUGAUCAUAUUCCUGAGAUGUUCCCACUCCACUAUGACAUUGAAGGGAGCCCGUUACCAUGCAGCUUUAUUAAAAUAGUCCCACUUCAAGCCUGGGGCCCAAGCUUUAACUUCAGUAUUUGGUAUGUGGAGCUGGCCGGCAACACCAAAUGGGAUGAAGUCAAACAUUCUAUAAAGGUUUACAAUCGUUAUCGGGAAAAGGAAGCCAUUAGACUGUGCCUAAAACAUUUCAGACAGCGUUCUUAUACAGAGGCCUAUGAGGCUUUGAGUAAAAGAACAAAUGUUCAGUUGGAGCAUCCCAUACUGACAAGACUGCACACACUUCUGGUGAUCAAUGGAGAUUUUAAAGCUUGUGAAGAGUUGAUCACCCAAGCCAGCAACGAGGGCAUGUUUGAUCAGUACAUCAGCCAGCAAGACUACAAACCUGAAUGGACGGCCAUUGAACCAGUCAGCAGUAAUGUUAAUUUUAAUUCAGAGACUCGACCAGGCAUGAGAGGAGGUCAUCAGAUGUGCAUAGAUGUGCUCACAGAGACAAUCUACAUGUUUGGAGGUUGGGAUGGCAACCACGACUUGGCAGAUUUUUGGUCCUACCACUUACCGUCCCACACCUGGUCCUGCAUUUCACAUAACAUAGAGAAAGAUGGUGGUCCUUCAGCUCGCUCUUGCCAUAAAAUGUGCCUAGAUUAUGAACGGAAGCAAAUUUUCACAUUAGGACGUUACCUGGAUCCAUCCAUGAGAAUACCUGACAAAUUAAAGUGCGACUUCCACAUGUAUGACAUAGAGAGCCGCCAGUGGACGUUCAUUACAGAAGACACUGCAGCAAUGGGUGGCCCAAGGCUGAUCUUUGAUCAUCAGAUGGCUAUUGAUGUUGAACAUCAGACAAUUUAUGUGUUUGGAGGGAGAGUGUUAAUGAGCUCAGCCAGUGCGGAUGCUGACAGAAUCCAGGAGCCAAUUUUUAGUGGUCUAUACUCCUUCCAUAUUCCCUCCAACACCUGGUGCUUGUUGAAAGAUGAUUGUCCCAGCUUCAGAUCCCGUAUCGGGCAUUCUAUGUUGCUGCAUCCUGUGAAGCGUGUUUUGUACAUAUUUGCUGGUCAGAGAGCCAAGGAGUAUUUGAAUGACUUCAUCUCCUACAAUCUGGACACGGGAGAAAUCAAGACGGUUUCUGACGGCAACAGAAAGGACACUUGCCAGGCUGGUUUCACCCAGAGAGCAACACUUGAUCCCGAUGCGAAUGAGAUUCAUGUGUUUUCAGGCUUGAGCCGAGAUAAAGACAAGCGUGACAACGUGAAGAAUUCUUUUUGGGUCUAUGACAUACAUAAAGACAAAUGGUCUUGCAUUUACAAAAAUGAGAACAUCGGCCAACAGUACUGGACGAAGAUGCAGCAUGUAGAGCCAGUUCCUAGGUUCGCUCAUCAGUUGGUUUAUGAUCAUAUCCGAAAGGUUCAUUAUUUGUUUGGUGGAAAUCCUGGCAAAGAUUCAUUGCCUCGAUUAAGACUGGAUGAUUUUUGGUCUCUCAAGCUGUCCAGACCAUCCUCCGAAUAUCUUCUUCGGCACUGCCGGUUCCUCAUUCGUAAGCAUCAGUUUUUAGAGAUGAGCUCCAGAGAACCACGGAAGGCAAUGGCCUACUUACAGACUGACCUGGCUAAUGUAGUUGAUCAUGAUGAUCCAGAAGAGACCAAAGAGUUCCAGCUACUAGCAUCGUCUCUCUUCUCAAGCGGGAGUGUUGCUAACGACAGUGAAACAGUGGACCUCUCAGAUGACUGCAGCAACCCAUACUUCAGCCAAAGAACAGAGUUGUUUGACCACUUAGUCAAAUUUUUCCCAGAAACAAUGACCCAGCCAAAGCAGAAUUUAGUGGACCUAGUGCCAUUGUAUUAA